UCUCUCUCUCUCUCUCUCUCUCUCUCCCUUCUGGGCUUUUCACCCUUCACGCCUCUGUUUUCCAUAUCUCUAUCACCACUCACUUUCUCCAUUCUCCUGCAUUUUGUCUUUGAAUCUUGAAAGUCCAAACCAUUCACCACCACCCCUAUUCAAAGUCAGCAUUUUCGUCUCUUUAUAUAUUCUUGUUUGUGGCGAUUGCGUCAUCCGUGGGUUUGAUUGUACCUGAAGGGAUUGUGUUUUCCAGCUUUAUUGCAUUGAAAUCUUAUUCCCUUUUUGAAUUCUGGGUCAUUGGUCGCUGGUCGUGUACAGUUUUGGAUUCGGGUCGUUUUCUCUUUUGAGUUUACUGUUUGUUCUUCUUCUUUUUAUUUUUUUAGAAUAGAAAAUAUGGAAAAAUAGUGGUUGGUGAUGAGCUACUUGAGAUUUGGACGUUUGUUUUGCUUGUGGUGAUUUUUGAAUAUAAAAGAAGGGGAAAUCUGUGUUGUGUUAACAAACAAUGGUGUUUUGGGCAACAGUAGAGACAAUUGGGUUGUUGUGAUUGCCUGAUUAGGUUUUCGAUUUACAUCAAAUUCAUUAGGUUUUUUUUUCUUUUCCAUUCAAGGAAUAUGCCUGGUUGAUGAGUUAAUAUUGUUUACCAAAGAAGGGCUGUGUGUUCAAUAUUUUAUGUUCUAAGGUUCUUCUUUUUGAUAGAUUAUGAUCGUUCUAUAGCAAAUUCGGCAAUGAUGAUCUUGUUCAUGACAAUCUUGUUGUUUUAGGAUAACAGGUUGACAGAUUGUUUGUGUGUUUAGAUUCUGUCUUGUAUCCUUUUGCUGUUUCAAUUACUGUUUGGUAAUUGGUAUUAUCUGUUUGGGUUGUGCUGCUUUCAAUGUCGGAGAUGGAUCCAAUGAAAGGUGACAGUAUUGAGGAGAUCAAUGUAGAAAAGAAGGCGGAUGACCACGAAGGUGGUGAGAAUUCAAAACUGAGGGGCAGUGGAAGUGUUAGUAACAAAGAAAUGAUUUUCAGAGCAGAUAAGAUUGAUUUGAAAAACUUAGAUAUACAGCUUGAGAAGCAUUUGAGCAGGGUUUGGUCCAAAAUUGAUGACAAAAGGCCUAAAGAAGAGUGGGAGAUUGAUUUAGCUAAAUUGGAUAUAAGAUAUAUCGUAGCUCAAGGGACCUAUGGUUCUGUAUACAGGGGUAUUUAUGAUGAUCAAGAUGUUGCAGUGAAGAUCUUGGACUGGGGGGAAGAUGGUUAUGCGACAGAUGCUGAAACUGCUGCUCUGCGAGCAUCUUUUCAGAAAGAAGUUGCCGUUUGGCACAAGCUUGAUCAUCCUAAUGUUACAAGGUUCAUUGGAGCUUCAAUGGGAACCUCUAAUCUUAAGAUUCCUUCAAAAAACUCUUCUAGUGAUGGUCCGAAUUUUCAUCCUGCUAGAGCAUGUUGUGUUGUUGUGGAGUUUCUUGCUGGUGGGACACUAAAACAAUAUUUGAUAAAAAACAGAAAAAAGAAACUUGCCUUGAAGGUUGUGAUCCAACUUGCUUUGGACCUCUCAAGAGGCCUUAGCUAUCUGCAUUCCAAGAAAAUUGUGCACCGUGAUGUCAAAACAGAAAAUAUGUUGCUGGAUAUCGAUAGAAACUUAAAAAUAGCUGAUUUCGGUGUUGCUCGUGUCGAAGCUCAAAAUCCAAGGGACAUGACUGGUGAAACUGGCACCCUAGGAUACAUGGCCCCAGAGGUUCUGGAUGGUAAGCCAUAUAACAGAAGGUGUGAUGUCUACAGUUUUGGCAUAUGCUUAUGGGAAAUGUACUGCUGUGAUAUGCCUUACCCUGACCUUAGCUUUGCUGAUGUAUCAUCUGCUGUUGUUCGACAGAAUUUACGACCAGAAAUUCCAAGAUGUUGUCCUAGUUCUUUGGCUAGUGUCAUGCGGAAGUGCUGGGAUGGAAACGCAAAUAAACGACCUGAAAUGGAUGAAGUGGUGAAAAUGUUGGAAGCAAUUGAUACAAGCAAAGGAGGUGGAAUGAUACCUGAAGACAAAAAUCCAGGUUGUUUCUGUUUUACCCCUGCUCGCGGUCCUUGAUGUUGUUAUUCUCUGUACCCUGCACCAAAAGAAAUUGAUUGGGUGUUUUUAUGCCAAAAGAUGAUCAAAACAAAAGCAAAAGAGAAGGAUGAUAUUCUUUUUCCUCUUCUUAGAUAUCCUUCUCAGCUUUGGAUUGCUGCUAGUUACACAAUCCUUCUUAGGAGAAGGUUUUAUCAAUUUUACAUCGAAACUGUAUAUAUGCAGCUUCUCUCUUAUGUGUGGUCUG